GGCAGCCUACUGCUUUCAUUUCAAAGCUAACAGUGCAUCCACACCAAAGAGAUGGCUCUGCUGAUGGAGCACCAGUUCAGGCAGCUGCCAGCUGACAGACAGGUGGAAACCAGACCGUUUCUGGAUGCUGUGUCGUACCUUCCAACUUUCUUUGACUGCCUUGGCCCAACUAUCUUUGCACCAGUAAAAUCUGAUAUAUGCGGCAACAUCACAAAAAUCAAGGCAGUUUAUGAUACCAACCCUGGACGCUACAAGACGCUUCAGAUGCUUCUAGAGGCAGAGAAGGAAAUGCACGGAGGUGAUUGGCCUAAAGUUGGAGCAACGCUCGAGCUUAUGUGGCUCAAAAGAUGUCUCAGAUUUAUCCAAGUGUUCCUGCAGAACCUGGUGGACGGGGAAAAGGACAGCAGCAACCCCAACCUCAUCCGAGUCAAUAUCACCAAAGCUUAUGACAUAGCCCUGAAAAGGUAUCAUGGGUGGUUUGUUCAGCAGCUCUUCAAGGCAGCUCUCUAUGCCGCUCCCUACAAGUCAGAUUUCCUGAAGGCACUCUCCAAAGGUCGGGAUGUGAAGGAGGAAGAAUGCUUGGAAAAAAUCAGGAAAUUUCUCAUCAACUUCUCUUCCACUGUAGAUGCUGUUUAUGACAUGUUUAGUAGAAUGAACGCUGACCUGGACUACAAGGUGUGACGAUGGGAGUCUUCGUUGGGCAGCUGCAUCAUGGCUUCCUUUCACUGUCACAGGAGAAGUCCAUCUUCAAUCUGUUAUUGUUUUUAAAUUAAAAAAGCAUCAAAUUUUCUCAAUCUUUGGGGGAACUUGAGAAAAGGAUCCACCUACCGUAGUAUCCUACAAUAAUUUAGGAUUCUAAAAAAAUCAUCACAAAUCCAUCAAACCUUCAUCAUAAUGUUCUGUGCUGUUUGUUUUUGUCUUCUGGUGGAUUUUUUGGUCUGUUUAAAUUUUUUAAAGAAAUGUCUAAUAUUGAUCAUCCAUUUUUGUCCUAAAUAGACGUGUAUCAUUAAAGUGGCCCUGUUGCUUUCA